AUGGGCAUACGGUACACCUCAUACAUCGAUCACCCUAAAAACAAGCACACACAAUUUGUAACUUAUGGGUGCUGCCACUGCAGAACUCAUCUGUCAUCUUCGGCGCAGGUGAUGUCUAAAGAUUACCGUGGGACUACAGGCGACGCAUAUCUCAUGAAUCGGGUUGUGAACGUGGAAGAGGGCGGGCGAGAGACCCGCUGCAUGCUGACCGGGUGCUAUGUCGUUUGCGACAUCAAGUGCCACAUGUGCAAGAACCUGGUGGGAUGGAAGUACGUGGAGAGCGAGCGCAAAGACCAGCGAUACAAAGAGGGGAAGUUCAUCUUGGAGCUCCAGACCAUUUGCAAAGUCCGCUGA